AUGAGAUAUAUAGCUUUGGCAACAACUACUUCUGGUGUUACUGCUUCUAUUCUUCCAGGUGAACGUACUGCACAUUCACGUUUCAAAAUCCUUAUUGACAUCGAUGAAAAUACCAGUUGUAACAUUAGCAAAGAAAGCUCACUUGCAGGGUUAAUCCGAGAUGCAAAAUUAAUUGUGUGGGAUGAGGUAUCUAUGGCCAAAAGAAGAAUGUUAGAAGUUUUUGAUCUACUGUUAAAAUAUCUGAUGAAUGCAAAUGCAUUAUUUGGCAGAAAAGUUAUAGUUUUACGAGGUGAUUUCAGACAGACUCUUCCUGUUGUGCGAUACGGAAAAAAAAAAGAUUUCAUUGGCGAAAGUUUGUUAUAUUCUAGCAUUUGGAAUGAACUUGAAAAAUUAAAGUUAUCUGAGAAUAUGAGAACUAAAACAGAUCCUGCAUUUUGUGAUUAUUUGCUACGAAUUGGAAAUGGACAAGAACGAGUCAACUCAGCAGACAAGAUUGAAAUUCCAGAUUCUUUGAUUAUUCCUUAUACAACCGAAAGAGAAUCUCUUGAUAAAUUAUUCGCAGCGAUCGACAUAUUCAAAUUUGGAUUUGUUAUAUUCUAA